CAAUCCCAUUUGGAAUCAAAGAAGGUUGUCGCUUUCGUCCAUGGCCGUCCCUCCUACUUCGCCAGUUAGCCGUCGCCGAAAGAUGGAUGACAGCGAGAACAAGAAGGAGAUUGCCAUGUCCCCGGUCAAGCGUUCUAAGAACCCCGGAGUUCGAGUUCAGGGAGGGCGGAUCUACGACUCGGAGAACGGGAAGACAUGUCACCAGUGCCGGCAGAAGACUAUGGACUUCUCAGCCUCCUGCAAGGCGAUGAAAAGGGAAAAGCCUUGCACUAUCAAGUUCUGCCACAAGUGUCUCCUUAACAGGUAUGGUGAGAAGGCCGAGGAAGUUUCUACUUCGGAUGACUGGAAGUGCCCUAAAUGCAGGGGAGUCUGCAACUGUAGCUUCUGCAUGAAGAAGAAGGGCCAGCAGCCAACUGGGAUUCUCGUCCAUACAGCCAAACUUACUGGGUUCUCGUCAGUUCAUGACUUGUUAAGUCACGGAGGAGAGAAUGUGCCGAGAGAGGCUAUCGCCUCACCGAAGGGAUCCCCUGUGUCAAAAAUGGGACAAGUGGCAUCAAAAAGAUGCAGGGAUAAGGAAAAUUGCAAGUUCGAAAAUAAUGAUACUGUGAGCAUGGAAGCUGAUUGUUUUAGGAAGGGUGCGCUCGUAGAGAAGAAUGAUGGAAAACCAUUGAAAAAGUUAAAACAGACGAAUCUUAAGGUUGAAUGUGCAAGGAGUCACGAGGAUCAAAAUAAGAAAACGUUGCAGUACAAGAGUCCAGCAGAAGGUUUGCCUGGACAUGCAGAUAACAAGGAAAACUUGCAUGACGUUGCUAUGGACGAGACCAUGGAAAAACCUCUCAAGCCAAGGGGGCGGCCUCGAAAGAUUGCUACAAUGCCUGUUCGACCUCCAGGGAAACCUCUGACUACUGUUGCAGGUUUUGAUCUGCCAGCUGAAGAUGUUGGACCUGCAUUGCAAUUUUUUGAAUUCUGCAACGUAUUUUCCAAGGUUCUUGAUAUAAAGAAAGGGCAGCCUGAAGCAAUUAUCAGGGGAUUGUUAAGAGGCUCUAUCUCACUUCGUCAUUGCCGAACAGCAUCUGCAAUUAUUCAAUUUCAAAUCAGAUUGCUCUCCUUCAUCCUAGAGGACAUGGGAGAAGGGCACUACUUGAAAACCAAUGGUGAACAUUCAUGGUUAAAAGCUCUUGGUAAAUGCCUCAACCAAUAUAAACAUCUUGCAACAGGGUUGCCUUUAGAUUUUAUUGACAACCCUUCUAAAUACAACAAUUUGGAUUCGUCAAGAAAACUAAGGAUCUUAGUGUUUCUUUGUGACGAGGCUCUUGGCACUGAAGCACUGAGGAAAUUUCUUGAUGAAGAGUAUGCAAAGUUUGUAGAAGAAAAGAAGGAAAGGAAUGAACAGAUUGGCGCUGCUAAAACAAAGGAAAAACUUAUCAAGCAAACUCUUAAAAAUGAUCUUGCCAAAGCAAUGCUCCCAACAGAAGGGGCCACUCAACUUUCAAUAUCUGAGCAUGGCGAACUUAUUUCAAAAAUACGACAUGAAACUGAAAAAGCUCAUCAAGAAAUGUUAGAGUCGAUUGAGCUUUUGCCAAAGAAGAAACAAGCACCAGAUGCUGUUCGGAUUAGUCCCCUGUUUCUAGAAAAGGAUGGAACUGUGUUCUGGAGAUUAAAAAGCUAUGAAAGAAGUUCAACCAUUAUGGUCCAAGAUAUUGAGAAUUGGAGUGUGUUUACUCCUCAAGAGAAGUGGUUCAUAUUUGAUGAUGAUCAACAACUGGUGGAACAAUAUCUUUCCUUUUUGAGGUCUGAAAGUGCAAGGAAGCAAAAGGAACUGAAGAAUAUACUAAAGGGUACUGCAUCGAUAAAGGAAGAUCCUUCUAACAACUUUGAAUCCCAAAAUUGCUUGACAGAAGUAAACUGAGUGCUGUUUAGUUGAUGGCAAUGGAAGUGGAAAUGCAGUAAGCUCUACCUAGUUGAUAGUUACCCAUCGGUUUUGUAUACCUAAACACUUCAAGUUGAUCAUUCCAGCACAUUUUGCUCUGUACUAUGAGCCUAUUCUUCUGUGAUUUCUUCUUGAACUCACAUUGGUCAAGCUGUGUUUGUAUAUGAUCUACUUAGUUUUUUUUUUUUUUUGAAUUUUGGUUAA